CAAAUAGAACCGUCCAUCAAUCGCUCUCCAUCCCGGUACGAAAGACGGGCGCUUUGGAACUUGUUUUUAAAAACUUAAAAAAAUAUAAUAGGAAAAAUGGCCCGCCUUACAUUAGCUGUUGUUAUCAUUAGUUUCAUCUUCAGCUGCUCGACACACCCUACAAACAAAUUGGCGAAGACCAGCCCUUAUAACUUCCCGUUCGUGACGAAAGAAGAAUGGGAAGGCAGGCCCCCCACAGAUGUAGUCCCCAUGGAAACUCCAGUACCAUACGUGGUGAUUCACCAUACGUACAUACCUGACGUGUGCUAUACGUCAGAUGAGUGCAAAUCCGCUAUGCGGGGCAUGCAGAACUUCCACCAGUUGACAAACGGAUGGGCGGAUAUUGGAUACAGUUUUGCGGUGGGCGGAGAUGGCAAGGUAUACGAAGGUCGCGGAUGGGAAGCAGUUGGCGCCCACGCUGUAGGUGUGAAUACAAGGAGUAUCGGGAUUGCUCUCAUUGGAGAUUUUGUUUCAAAAUUGCCGUCCGAGACUCAACUAGCCCCAGUACAUAAGCUGAUCGCUGCAGGAGUCGAACUCGGGUACAUCAGGCCCGACUACACUCUCAUCGGCCACCGCGCGGUGUCCGCUACCGAGUGUCCUGGAGGAGCCCUAUUCCAGGAGAUCAGCACGUGGCCCCACUUUGACAAAGAAGUUUCCGAAAACCAACCGACGACUGAGGCAGUUACACAAUUAAAUUAAAUUAAAUUAUUACCUUUUUA